AUGUCAUUAGACUACGGCAAAAAGGAACUGCAGAUGGGUGGGAGCAUGAACGGCGGAAUUGCUUCUGGGGAAGUAUUCGAACAUGGGACAACAAAGCGAGGACUGAAACCGCGUCACUCGCAAAUGAUCGCUCUAGGAGGCUGUGUCGGAACCGGUCUCUUCGUUGGCACGGGGGCGUCGUUGGCUUUGGGUGGACCAGCCUUUCUACUCGGCUCUUUCGUCCUAAUGAGUAUCGUUGUGUAUAUGAUCGUCACGGCCAUCGUCGAGAUUGCCGCGUAUCUUCCAGUUGCUGGAGCGUCAAUGUCGUACUACGGCACGCGAUACGUCUCCCGGAGCCUGGGGUUCGCGAUGGGAUGGUUGUAUGUUUAUUCAUUGGGCAUCUUGGUGCCGUACGAGGUUACGGCCGGUGCUUUGGUAAUCGAUUAUUGGGACAGUCCGGUUAAUGUUGGAGUCUGGAUCACCGUUUUCAUCGUGGUCAUUGUCGCUCUAAACUUGCUGCCAGUGGAGUACUACGGAGAGGCCGAGUUCUGGUUUGCAUCCAUCAAGGUCUUCACAAUCAUUGGGUUGUUGAUUCUCUCGUUCAUACUCUUCUGGGGAGGCGGUCCAAAUCAGUCGGGCAUUCUUGGUUUUCACUACUGGGAGGAUCCAGGGGCUACCAAAACGUGGCUGGCCGAGGGAGCAACAGGGAGGUUCAUCGCCUUCGUCGGAACCCUAGUCCUCUGUGCAUUUCCCUUCACCUUCAGCCCUGAACUUCUCAUUUCCACGAGCGGUGAGAUGCAAAACCCUCGAAAAGACCUCAAGAAAGCAGCCAAUCGCUUCCUACUUAGACUGGUCGUCUUCUACGUAGGCGCGGCAUUAGCGAUGAGUGUCAUCAGUCCGUCGAACGAUGAAGCCCUUUCUAACGGAGGCAACAACGCAAAGUCCUCCCCGUUUGUCGUUGGGAUCAGGCAUGCCGGUAUCCGUGGUUUGAGCAGCGUGGUCAAUGCGUCAAUUCUUACAAUGGCGUGGUCUGCUGGCAAUGCGUACCUCUAUAUGAGCUCUCGCGCUCUAUAUGCACUAGCGAUUUCCGGUCAAGCACCUAAAGUCUUUCUGCGCUGUACUAAAGGCGGAGUUCCUUAUGCAGCAGUGCUCGCAUGUGGCUUGUUUGGCUUUCUAGCUUACCUGAACUGCGGUAAUAGCAGUUCUACUGUAUUCACUUGGUUUGUCACCAUCACUAACACCUCCGGAUUCGUCUCCUGGAUUUGUUGCUGUAUCGUGUACCUGCGUUUUCGAGCGGCCUGCAAGCGUCAAGGUGUGCAUGAACUGCCGUAUCGCAGUUGGCUGCAGCCAUACGGCGCAUGGUUUGGCCUCGUCUUCUUUAUUGUCCUAGCACUGAUCAACGGCUUCAACGUCUUCUUUCCUGGCCAGCUUACAGCGUCAAGCUUCUUAACUGCUUAUAUUGGCUUACCCGCAUUUGCUAUCAUUUAUGCCGGUCACAAACUACUCCUAGGGCGCUCUGAUCCGUGGUACCUCAAUGCUGGCGAGAUCGAUAUUUCCGAUGGGCUGGAUAUUGAGUAUUGA